GAUGGAGACAUCAGGGCUCUUACUGCUGCUGCUGCUGGCACUACUCUGUGCAUGUCAUGGCUUCCCAGUACAGGCUGCCACUACUAAAUUGUAACUGUAGGAUCUGGACUGAAUAUAUGGAUGGCUGUUUGCCAGUUGCCAGUUCCCUGAACCAUAACCUCUAAUAUGGCUAAAUGUCACCCUUACAACAAAAACAGAAUCCACGUUUAUCCCUAUAAAAGGGACUGUGUCAUCUGUAUCUUCAAAACACAUACUGCUAACACUGAGGGUGCUGUAAAUUGGUAAAACUACUAUCUACAUCUCAGAGCAAGUUUUUCUAAGAAUGUUAUCUCUUAGCAAUAAAAAAGAUAAAAUACAGUACUUUUUGGAAAGUCACUGAUUUGGCUGCUGAUGUCAGAACCAUGGAAUAACUUCAUCAAGACAAACUGUGCUCCAUGCUUGCUGUCAUCUGUGAAAAGUUAUCCCUGUCAUUUGGCAAAAGAAUCAACUUGGCCCUGCAAGCAACAUUUCCGGAAUCCAACCAGAUUUCAGAUGAUGAUGAUGAUGACAUGAAGAGGAAUACUGGCAGAGAGCCAGAUGCACCAACUCAGAUUCUGCAAAUCAACAAUGAAAUGGAUGAUGAUGAUGAUGACGUGAAGAGGAAUACUGGCAGAGAGCCAGAUGCACCAACUCAGAUUCUGCAAAUCAACAAUGAAAUGGUAAACAGGCUACCCUUGGAGUUUGGCGAUAUCAUAAAACACCCAUUGGGAAAUGCAGACAGGUGUACCUCAGCAUCCUGCAAAUGGCCAGCAUCAAAAAAUGGUAAAGUUGUGGUGCCGUAUGUCAUCGCCUCUGAGUUCACUAGAGAAGAGCAAGCUAUUAUUAAGAGAGCCAUGCGGGAAUUCUCACAGAAAACUUGCAUUGUCUUUUCUCCCCGCAAGUCACAGAGGGACUACAUUUCUAUACAGUCACUUGGAGGGUGUUUUUCUUACAUUGGGAGGGUAGGAGGUGAGCAGCCCGUCUCCCUUCAGCGGCAUGGCUGUGUGUAUACUGGAACUGUGCAACAUGAACUCCUGCAUGCUCUUGGCUUCCAUCAUGAGCAGAAUCGUAGUGACCGGGAUAACUAUGUUGACAUCAUCUUUGGGAAUAUCAUACGAGGACUUGAGUACAAUUUUAGAAAAGUGGACACUAAUAAUCUUGAAACGGAAUAUGAUUAUUACUCUGUGAUGCAUUAUGGACGAACUGCUUUCUCAAAGAAUGGUGAAGCUACCAUUAUACCAAAACCAGAUCCAAAUGUUCCGAUUGGAAAGGCGUACAGAUUCAGCUCCGGAGAUAUCUACAGAGUCAACAAGCUUUACUGCAAUUCAGCAGUGUAUGAAGAUAACAACAUGGAACCAGAAGAGUCUGAUGCUGGGAUAUUCCAAGUGAUGGAAGAAUAACAAUUCUUUGGCAUGUGCUGUUACAAGCUUUGUAGACCAUUUGACAUUUCAAAUUCAGUAUGAAAUAUUGAGCUUUAAGACAACGAUGUGUACUAAUUUUGGAGUUUUAGGUUUAGUGCCUUUAAACAUUUAAGUAAGCAUUUUAGAAUCAGUAACUAAAACAUUCUCUGAUCCUUAAACUAGUAGUGGAUGCUUAAAUGGCUUACGCAUAUCUCUUUCUUUGUAGCCGUUCUUGUUAAUCCAUUGGUCCUCCCACAUAGUUUUGUACUGUAGACUUACCAUAAUAAUCCUUUUUAGCAGCACUCAGCACAGCCAGUCUUUAUACUGUACAAACAGUGUUGAAAAUUGCAUACUACACUGCUGCAACAAAAAGGGUGAUCACACAGAGGUGGAAUUAAAUGAAGUACUUUUUGUGUCAUAAUAAUGUCAUGCGUCUUUUCCAGCAAUAUUUUACUAACACGUAAUAAAAAAGCAGAUCUAUAAAAUUG